AGCUUCACAAGAUUGAGUUCCUCUCUGUGUUCAGCAAUGUAGAUCCAGGAAGCCCUCUUAAGAACAUACUGUGUGUCUUCUAUCUGUUUCCUUAUGGACAUUUAUUCAUCUUUUGGUUUGGUGUCCUCUGGAAACCCACGGACUGGGACAAAUGUGGACGCCAAUGAGACACCGUGUGGCUCUCAGCAUUACCGGCGGGGCUGAAAUGCUUGUCUUUUUUCUAAAUCUCAUUAUCACGGUCACAUCCAGGCAUCAUCAAUAAAAAUUCAAAAUGAGGAUCUUCGUGUCUCUGCUAAAAAACAUUAACACCAAAAUCGAGUAUUACUCCAGAUUUUCGCCGUCCCCGCUCUCCAUUAAGCAGUUUCUGGAUUUUGGCAGGGACAAUGCUUGUGAAAAAACCUCCUACAUGUUCUUGCGUAAGGAGCUGCCGGUGCGGCUCGCCAACACCAUGAGAGAGGUCAACCUGCUGCCAGAUAACUUGCUCAGCCAGCCGUCCAUCAGACUGGUGCAGAAAUGGUACAUGCAGAGCUUCGUGGAGCUGCUGGAUUAUGAGAACAGAAAGCCAGAGGACCCUCAUGCUUUGAAUGAAUUCCUGGAGCUCUUGAUUGAGAUCCGUAACCGUCACAACGACGUGGUUCCCACCAUGGCUCAGGGAGUCAUCGAGUACAAGGAGAAGUUUGGCUUUGACCCCUUUAUCAGCAGCAACAUCCAGUACUUCCUUGACCGCUUCUACACCAACCGCAUCUCUUUCCGCAUGCUCAUCAACCAGCACACUCUCCUGUUUGGUAACGACACCAACCCUGCCCAUCCCAAACACAUAGGCAGCAUUGAUCCCACCUGCAGCGUGGCUGAAGUUGUCAGUGAUGCCUACGACACAGCCAAGAUGCUGUGUGAGAAGUACUACUUGGCUUCUCCCGAGCUGAAGAUUGAAGAGUUCAACAUGAAGGCCCCUAAAAAGCCCAUCCAGGCAGUGUAUGUGCCCUCCCAUCUGUUCCACAUGCUGUUUGAGCUCUUCAAGAACUCAAUGAGAGCCACAGUAGAGCUUCAUGAGAACAGUGAAGAGGCAUUGCCACCAGUAAAGGCAAAAGUCACUCUGGGUAAAGAGGAUCUUUCUAUAAAGAUCAGCGACAGAGGAGGAGGUGUCCCUCUGAGGAAGAUAGACCGUCUGUUUAACUACAUGUACUCCACUGCUCCUACACCAAGCCUGGAGCCAGGAGCUGUCCCACUGGCUGGUUUUGGCUACGGUUUGCCGAUUUCUAGGCUCUAUGCCCGAUACUUCCAGGGGGACCUGAAACUCUACUCCAUGGAGGGCGUUGGCACCGACGCUGUCAUCUAUCUGAAGGCCCUGUCCAGCGAGUCCUUUGAGCGUCUGCCUGUCUUCAACAAGUCAGCAUGGCGACAUUAUAAAACCAGCCCCGAGGCGGACGACUGGAGCAACCCCAGCAAAGAGCCGCGUGAUGCCAGCAAGUCCAAAUACAAAGCCCGAUAAUUCUGCCCGAGCCCACUAACCCGGCCCUCUGCUCAGUGCAUCUCCAUCUGAUGUGAAAAGAAAGGAGCGUAAAUGAAGAAUUCACUUUGGAAAGCGACCAAUGUCCUGUAGGUUCUCCGCUUUUCAGCCUCACUGAAAGAGUUCCUCACUGCCAAUGCCUUCGUUACCUGCCAGUCUUGCUGAUACGUGGUGACAGACCUACUGUAAGGAAAAUUUAAACGCUAGAGGCAACAGUCCUCUUGGUUUAGAUGACUCAGUUUACCACCUUCCAUCAGUUAUACUUACAUUCAACAGACUGUUGGCAAAGUUCACACCUUUGUCAAAGUUUCAAUUCCAGUUGUAUGAUUUGGAGGCCCAAGGUUUAAUUUUCUGUAGUUGUCAACCUUUACUGGUAAAGACUGUCUCUGUUCCUCUGGUAUAUUAGAAAAUAUAGUGUAUUGAACUAGUAAUGUGCUGUUCAUGCAGCCAGUGUGGAGUGAUUGUUUUCCAUCCUACUGUACCUCCAGCUUGAUCAAAUGUAUUAAUGUUUGCAUGAGCUCCUCACUGCGGAGGUGGCCAUGCAAACAAAUGCAACUAUAUACCAAAAAAAGUGAUAGAACAGUCUCUAUGAUGUGAUUCAGCAUGAGAUCAGCUUGUCAAACCCGACAAUAAAGAAAACUGUUGUUGUGU